AUGACUACUUACGCUACCAGCAUAGGGGUAAAAUAUAUAAAAAAAAACUUUAAAACAUGUUUUAAUCCUAUUAUUCAUUUAAUUUCAGACAAAAUUCCGGCUCGAUUAGUGCUUUAUUUUCUUUCUUGGUCUGGUUUUCUGGUCUCUUUUAUGAUGCGCAACGAUAUGAAUUUCGCUUUGGUAGCUAUGAUUUCAAAUCGGAAUUCAACGCAAAACCAAUCUUUUAACGGAUCGCAAACAAUUUUGAGUAGUGGCAAUGAAGAUCAAAUAAGUAUUGUGAAAUCGGUUAUAAUUAGUUCAUUCUAUUGGUGCUACGUGCUAUCUCAAGUAGUAGGAGGGGUUGCCACAGAAUUAUUUGGGACGAAGUGCGUAUUCGGAUGGUCACAGCUAGCAACAGCUCUAUGUAGUAUUCUAAUGCCGUUAGCAGCUCGAAUACAUUACAUAGCUGUUAUUGUGUUAAGAUCUCUUCAGGGAUUUGCCUCUGGCUUGACGUGGCCUGCCAUGUAUGCAAUAGUUGGCUACUGGAUACCACUUACGGAGCGUUCCCGUUUCAUGUCAAGUUUUCAAGGUUUUAGCAUUGGAAUUGGCUUAACUUACCCAUUGUGUGGAUUUAUUUUAUCAGAAUAUGGUUGGCCAUAUGUUUUUUAUACAACAGGUACUCUAGGGAUUGGAUGGUGUACAUUAUGGUAUUUUCUUGCCUUCAAUACACCCCAGGAGCACCCUCGUAUUGCUGAAGAAGAACUUCAUUAUAUAGAACUCAACGUUAGUAAAGAGAUAAACAACGCCACUAAGGUCAAAGUUCCAUGGCUGCAAAUAUUUAGUUCCUUACCUGCGUGGGCAAUUGCUAUAACAACAUUUGGCAGAAUAUUUGUUCAUUAUAUUUUUAUUGUUAAUGGACCCACUUUUAUGGGGAAUGUUUUAAAGUUUAAUUUUGAAACAAAUGGCUUUAUAUCUGGAAUGCCAUUUAUUUGCUCAUAUAUUUCAUCGGUUUUUUUUUGUUAUAUUGCUGAUAAAUUGAUAUUACAUAAAAUUUUAAAUCUUACUAAUGUAAGAAAAUUAUUUACAGCUCUAUCACAAAUUAUUCCAGGAAUCUUAAUAUAUUGUAUCGGUUAUAUAGAUAGUGUACACAUUUUGUUACCAGUUUGGUUUAUGGCGGUGAUUUUUAUAACUGCAUCAUAUGCAGGGGCAAUGGCCAAUAUAAUUGACCUAGCACCAAAUUUUGGACAUUCUGCUGCCGUUUUGGCAUUUUGCCAAACAAUUCAUAUGUCUGCGUCCUUUAUUUCUCCGUUGACUGCUGGAUUUAUUGUCACUCGAGAGGUAAGGAAUACAAAUUUAAUUUUAAUUUACUUAACA